GGUCCUUGCCACUACGAGUGUACUCAUCGGUAUGGCAGAUGCCUACGAUAUGGAUACGGACUUCGUGAGCCCGAGGAGGAAGAACUUCGAUAUCCUCGAUUUUGAGGGGUUCACCGGCUGCCCAGCAAAUAGCCGCCUUGCACUGAAUCGUCUUUCCUGCGGUGUCCGACAUAUUCACGAUAGUAGAAAAACAAAAGGAAGACUUCCAUCUCCAUUUCUCCUUUGUCUUCGUCAUCCAUCUGACUAUCAUCGCCUGAUCAGUUUGUCCCUCUACGGUGACCCGUUCAUCCGUAACAUCAUUCUACUUCUGCACAAAAGCAGUGUGAAUGUUAGACCACAAGACUGAUAACACCUCUUGGGCUCUCACACAUACAUUCACCUGCUCCAAAUGUCCUUCACCAACCUAUACUACAAGCGUGCAGUGGGAACACCAAAGGCUUGCUUUGUCUGUUAUAAACCCACCACGACCGUUCUCGCCACGAUCAACACCGUGGAUUUCAUCUAUACUUGUGACAAUCAUCUGACCGACCCUGGCUUCGCUAGUCAAGUUGGUGAGAGUCAGGACGGGGUUGACAGUGGAGCAAAGAAGCUUGGGCUUAGUGCAGAGGAGAUUGCGAAAGUGAAAGAAGAAUGGGAGGAACGCCAGAGACGCAAGAAAGAGAAGGAGAAGGAGAAGGAACAAGGCAAGGAGAAGGAGAAGAGCAACAACUCUAGCAAGGAAGAUAUAGCUAAGAACUCAGCACCCUCGCAGUCACCACCUCCAGCUGCGGCAACUCCAAGUACUCCUUCGACGCCUUCUCAUCAACGAUACACACUUCAUCGUGACAUAUUCGCUAUACGUCUUGCAGAACAUCGCAAGCGCAAGCAGAUAGCUCAAGCAAAGGCAUUACUCCCCCGGCUCCCUGGUGCCCCUCGAGGACCUCUUCCCUCGUAUUGACAUGACAAUCGUAAUGUUUCGUUCGCGAUAGAAGGUGACAGGUGAGUGAUUAUGGUCCAGAACAUCGCGAUAGUGCCAAUUCAUUCCCGAGGCUUUUCAUCUAACAGACCCACUAACAGACGUCAUUCGGCGGAUCUUCAUGAUCAUCAGACGUUCAAAUCUUGCGUGCUGUUCCAAGAGACCCCUUCUUGUGCUUUGAUACCAUGGUCAUUGUAUAUAUCUUCAUGUAUUGCGCGGUAAUGUUUACAUCACCUGCCUGUUGCUUCAGAACGCCAAUGAUAAGGCUCACAGGAAUUUCUGCUCGAAUCAACCAAUAUGGUUAGAACGUAGGUAUAAUUAAAUAGGUCCGAGAUAUACAUCCACACGUGAAUGGGACAGCUUCCAUUAGCC